AUGAGAGGUAGAAAGCCAAGGUGGUAUAACUUGGCGAAGCCAAAGAUUCGUCAGUCAUGGAAUAAGUACAAUCUUUUCAACCUCGCCACAUUCAAGUUGAAACGAAACCGAACCUCGAGAACCUUCUUCCAGCAGAAAUGGACAGCCAAGUCAAUGACCCGUGGCUACCACGGCGCCCACGUCAAGGAGGCGGAAUGGUCACGCAACUUCUCCCGCCGCCUCUUCUCCGCCGUCGAUAUGCCGCCUGAGUACCUCGCCAAGCACGACGGAUCAGAGCACUCGGCCGGCCGCGGUUCCGGUCUGCACGCCGAGCCGGGGUCAGAGGACCUCACGCCAACCGCAUACCAUUUCUCUAAGCUCGAAGAAGCCAGGCAACGGAGAGAAGCUGACAACAGAUUUGCAAGAGUCAAAGCUGAUCCUCAGACCGAGAUGCUUGCCCGUCCCGUCCGGGAAAUGACGCCCUACAUGCAAAUGGCUUUCGCCCCCCUCGAGCGGAGGCUGGACGUUGCCAUCUUCCGCGCAAUGUUCGCCAGCAGUACGCUCCAGGCAAAACAGUUCUGCACACACGGCGCCGUCAAGGUCAACGGCAAAGUCAUGCGCUACGGUGCCUACAAGCUCAACCCCGGCGACAUGUUCCAGGUCGAUGUCGACAAUGUUCUCUUCGCUACCGGCCGGGCCAAGACCCCCAAUCACGCACUCUGGCUCGCUGGCAAAGACUAUCAAUCCCUGAACGACGCCGGCAAACCCAACAAAUCCGCGGCUAAAGAGGGCGCGUCAGAACAGGAAUCUGGCGACGCAGCACUCGAGGCUGCCGAAGUCGAUGCCGCCGUCGAAGAAGUUGACGCCGCCGCAGAAAGCGGCGAGGCCGCCACCGAAGCAGCACAAGCAGCGGCCGAUGGGGAGGAGGGAAGCCAGCUCUCUGAGGAAGAAAAGUCCAAGCAGCUCCAAAAGCAGCUCAAGUCGCUUGUCCGCUCAGUCAAGACCUUCCUCAGCGACAAAGACGGCCUCAAACCCAGCAAGAAGCGCCAGCUUCGCACCUUCAUGGCCGAAGCCAAGCGCGUCCUCUCCACCUCGGGCCGCGUGACAGACGACGCCGUCGCCACACUCGACCACGAGGGCGUGAUGAACAACCUCACCGCCCUGCUCAAGGACUUCAAGCUCGAGGGCAACAAGGUCGAGGCUGUCGCCUCCCCGGAAGCAGAGGGUCAGGAACAAGCGGCCGACCACUCCAAGCCGACGAGCGCCAAAGAAAAGGCAGAGACCGAGGCGGUCACGGACCUUAUCUCCUCAAAGGACGUCCGCAACGCGCUCAGCGGCCUCAGCAAGGCCGAGCAGAGCGCCUUUGCCGAGCUUCUGCGCAAGCAUGCCGAGAACCCCAUUGACGAGUCUAAGCCCUACUGGACCCCCUGGCAGCCGCGCCGCUACAUGUCGCCCUUUGCCUUCAUCCCGCGCUACCUCGAGGUGAACCAGAACAUUUGCGCCGCCGUCUACCUCCGUCACCCUGUCGCACGGCGCGGUCUGGCCGAGGUGCCCACACCCUUCACCUACGAGACGAACCAAUUGGCGUUCAACUGGUACCUGAGGAGGGGCUGA